GGAUGGGAUAGUGUAGCUGAAGUUCCUGUAGACAAACCAACUAUUUUCAAAUGUGAAGAUCUUGUUCACAAGAAAGAGUAUAAAUUUCGAAUUCGAGCAGUUAACAAGCUUGGUUCUUCUGAACCAGUACUCUUCAAUAAGCCAGUAUUAGCAAAGGAUCCAUGGGAUGAGCCGAGUAAACCCACUAAUGUUGAAGUCACUGAUUGGGAUAAGGACCAUGCUGAUCUGAAAUGGACCAAACCUGAUAAUGAUGGUGGAGCACCAAUCACUGGUUAUGUUAUUGAAUUCAAGGAGAAGUUUGGAAAGGAUUGGCAAACUGGUAAAGUAAUAGAAGGAGAUAUAACUGCAGCAACAAUAGAAGGACUGAAGGAGGGAACACAGUAUGAAUUCCGCAUUCGAGCUGUCAAUAAAGCAGGUCCUGGUGAACCAAGUGAUGCUACUAAACCAAUUAUAGCAAAGGCAAGAUUU